UGUACUCUGUGUCUGUGUGUGUGUGUAUGUGAGAGAGAGAGAGAGAGAGUGUGUGUGUGAAUAAGUCAAUGAGUCUUUUUUCAGUCUUGAUCUGUUCACUAAAAGGGGAAACUCUGUCCUUUCAUUGCAGCUCCAAAUCUCCGCCGGUGACACAGAAAACUCUGCUGCACCAUCGUCUUUCUUUUCUUCCAAAUACCAUUAACUCCAUUGUUUUGGACCAUGAGAGGUUAUUAUGGGCUGACUGUUCUGGUGGGCGUGGCCUCACUCUUGAUGACCAGCCAAUGUGACCCAAACUGUGCAGGAGUAGAUGGCAGUGCAGGAGUGGCAGGAGCCCCGGGCAGAGAUGGACUGCCUGGGGCGAAGGGAGAGAAAGGACAACCAGCUAAGAUGGCCGACGGUCCGGUAGAUCCAAGCGUCCUACUGAGGCUGAAGGGGGAGAUGGGGAAUCGGGGUUUGCAAGGGGUCAUGGGUCCUAAAGGUUUCCGUGGGGAUCUGGGAACAGCGGGUCACCCUGGACAACCAGGUCACCCCGGCCCUGAUGGGAAGAGCAUCGGACAUGGGCAGCACCCCUCUCAGCAGGCCCGUUCAGCCUUCUCAGUGAUGAGGACUGAUAACAGUUAUCCUCCCUAUGAUCAGAGAGUAACUUACCAGACAACUGUGGUCAACAAACCUGAAGAUUUUAAUGCAGCCACAGGUGAAUUUAUCUGCAGAGUACCUGGUGUUUAUUACUUCACCUUCCACUCUGUGGCCAAGGUCAGCAUGUGUCUGCGUAUAGUUACUGAUGCUAUGGAGAGGAAGGUGGGAUUCUGUGAUCACAACAGGAACAAUGAUCAGGUGCUGUCAGGUGGCGUGGUUUUACAGCUGGCAAAAGAUCAGAAGGUUUGGCUCGAGUCCUUUAUGGACCAGCAGACAUCUACUGAGAGAAACGACAUACGAGAAAAAAAGAUCAUCUUCAACGGCUUCCUCCUUUUCGCAAAUACAGAAUAAAGUUCUGUUGUAUGCUCACGUCAGCUGGCGUCAGUCAGCAUUUACAAACCUCUGAUUUCAGAUCAUAUUUCUCAAAGCUGUUUUUAGAAUGACAGUUGACCAUAACACACUCUCACCACACAGUGACAUUUGUUAAACUUUGACUGUAACUUGUUCACCAUAAUUGUUUCCUUCAUAUUAAUGCAUGUAAACCUUCUUUGAAGACUCUUUCUGUGAUUGCCACUAAAGCAAAAUUAAAGUGUAGUAUUCAAUGGAAUGAAUACUACAAUGCUUGAUGAGAUUAAAGAAAAGUUACAUAUAAUUUCACUACA